AUGCAGCUCGUCAACGCAAAAAAGAUCCACAAGAUCGAGGAUCUUGGCGAGGACUCGGUCCAGCUCCUGCCCACCGACCCCGAGGACAUGUGGCACGCCAACAACCUCAUCGCUCCCGACGACGUUGUCCGCGCCCACGCCAUCCGCAAAGUCGCAAAGGAGUCGGCCACCGGCUCCUCCGCCACCGAGCGUGUCCACACCGACCUAACCAUCACGGUCACCUCCAUCUUCUUCGACCCCGCCGCCUCCUCCCUGCACGUCAGCGGCCGCGUGGCCAGCGACAACGCCUUUGUCAGCCGCGGCCAGUACCACACCCUCGACCUCGAGCUCAACCGGCCCUUCACCCUGUGGAAGAGGCACGGCUGGGACUCGGUCGCCGUCCAGACCCUGCGCGAUGCCCUCAACCAGGACAGGGACGGCGCUACCCUGAUCAAGUCGCGUGUCCAGAGCGCCCUGCGCGGCAAGGCCUCCGCCUCCUCCAAGGACGACAAGGGCAUGCGCAGGUUCUUCGAAAAGACCCUCGCCACCCUCCUGCGCGCCAUCGACUUCUCCCAGCCCCGCCCGCUGCUGAUCGCGAGCCCCGGCUAUGUCGCCAACAACUUCAGGCAGUAUGUGCUGGAGGAGGGAGCGCGCCUGGCCGACAAGAAGCUCCUGGCCCUGGGGAGGAACGCCGUCGUCACCCACGCCAGCAGCGGCAACGUCUACUCGCUCAACGAGAUCCUCAAGAGCAAGGAGGUGCUGGGGCUGAUGAAGGAGCGCAAGUCGGCCUCGGAGACCAAAUUCCUGGACGAGCUUGGCGAGAGGCUGCGCAAGGAUGACGGCAGGGCGUGGUACGGCAUCCGACCCGUCGACAGGGCCGUCAUGGAGGGGGCCGUCGGCCGGGGUGGCGGCGUCCUGCUCGUCAACAACGACCUCUUCCGGAGCCAGGACAUUGCCACGAGGAAGCGCUACGUCGCCAUGGUCGACAAGGUCAAGGAGGACGGGGGCGAGGCCAGGGUGCUGAGCAGCGAUCACGAGAGCGGGCAGAGGCUGGCAAGCUUGGGCGGCAUCGCCGCCAUCCUGACGUAUCCAAUGCUCGACCUGGACGAGUCGGAUGACGAGGAUGGGGGCGGUGGGGCAGAGGACGGCGACAUGAUCAUAUGA